AUGGCAUCUUAUUCAGGAGAACAAUAAGUCAAAACUGUCAUCAACACAGAUGACAUCAAAGAUAUAGUGGCAAUCCUAAAUAAUAAAUUCAAUGAGAAUUAUAGUUUGGUAUCCUUCGACGAACAGAAUUAAUUUGAAUUCUUGGAACUGUUAAAUAAAAUCUUUACACAUCUGGACUCUAGAUGGACUAUAGAUAUUAAAGUAGAUAAUCAAGAAACUAUUAUCUACAAAAUUACUGAGUAUUUACGAAUUCUAAAUUACCCAGGCUAGUUUGAUGAUAAAUGGUCCCAAUCAGUCUUGGUUGCGGACAAGAAAGUCAUCUAUCCCAUUUUUCAUUACUUAUUAACUAGAUAUCCAGAAUUAGAAAAGAGAGCCUACCUUGCCAAGUAUUUAGUGCCAGUCUUCGUGCCUGAUGAAUUUCAAAUGGACAAUGAUAUCAAGACUUGUGCAGAUCAAAUCAAAGAUUUACAAGCCUAAUUCUAAGUCCAUCAUCAGUCACUCGAGCAAGUCUAAUCAUAAUCGAUGAAUCCAGAAGAAUUAAAAAAAGACAUUACUUAAUUUGAAUAGGAGAGAGAAUAAUUAUUAAACAAAAUAAGCAAUUUCAAAAGCAAAGUCUCUUCAAAGCCCAAUUUCAACGAAUUGUUGGAAGUUACAAACAUGUUAAGAAGGGAAUAAGAAGAAGAAGCCCGAUUAUAGGAUAAGUUAAGAUAACAAAGAAUGUAAUUAGAUCAAACAGAUUAAAUGCUAUUGUAAGCCUAAUAAAGGUUGAUUGAUGCCUAAAAGUCUUUGGCUCCCGAUAACUCACCAGAAUAGAUGUUGAUGGCUCUGAGGAAUGAAGUGAAAAGAAAUAGGGAAAUCAGUAAGGAUAGAUUGGGAUUCGAUUUAAAGGAACGAAGGAAGAAAUUAGAACAAAUUGAAAGACUGCUUGCUGAACCACCCAUUACUUUGAAUGAAUUGAAUAAUUUGGAAAAUACUUUGAUGGCCUUAAGAAGAGCAGUUAAUCAAAUGGAGGACAAAUUGAAGAGAGAAGCCAAGCCUGAAGAUGAUAAAUUAACCAUCUAUAAAUAACAAGCCUAAUUAGUGGCCAAGAAGAAAGAAAGGGCUGUUGAGGAUAUCAAAAAAGUUGAGGAAGAAUAGUAAUUAAUUGAAAAGGAGGUAUUUAAAAAGGAAGAAUAAAUUGCAAAAGAAAGAGGACCUAAUUAUAAGUCUAAAGGAGAAUUUAAGGAAUAUGCUAAUUAAUUAAAGGAUAAGAAAUUUCAAUAUCAAAAACUAAAGGAUGAACUGAAAACACUCUAAGCUGAAAGAGCAACAUUGGAAAGAACAGAAUAGAUCUUGAGGAAAUAAAAGAAUGAAUUGCUUAAAUAGUAAUAAGAAUUAGAAAAGACUCAUGGAAUUGUUGGUUACAGCAAGAAAAAGGAAGGGUUGGAGAAGUUAUCAGAAGAAAAUCAAUAAAUGAAUCUAAAAAAAGGCUAAACUUUAGAGGAGAUUUCAAAAAUUGUUAAUGAAAUUUAAGCCUAAAUCCAAUUGAAAAGACCUUUAAUAUAAGAACAAUUGGCAGAAAUCAAGACGAUCAGAUAAUAAUACUCUGAUUUAGAAUAAGUGCAUAAGUAGAAGAAAUAAGAAUUUGACAGAAUUAUGUUGGGAGUUGAGAACGAUCAAAGCACCUUAGUGAAUGAUGUGAAAAAACUAAGAGAUGAAGUUUAUGGUUUGGAUAGGAAAAUCAAACUUAACAAAUACAGUUCUGAGAUUUUGGAAAUCAAGAUUUAAAGAUUAAAUGAUGAAGUUGAGUAUGGCAAAGGAGGGAAAUAAUUAUCAUCAUAAUUUAAAUCCAAUUCUGAAAUGCUUCAAUAGAGAAUAUUGAAAUUAGAAGAGAAUAUCAAAAAUCUUAAGUAGCAAAGAGAAGCUGUUAAAGAGAAUUAUGAACCUUCAUUGAGACAAAUGAAUUAUUUCAGUGAUUUGAAGAAGAUUUUGAAUGUCAAACUCUAAUAGUUAUCGAAUGAUUAGGGUUAGAAACAACAAAUGAAGGCAGGUGCUAAUAGAUUAGUUAUUGGUUGAUUAAUUAUCAAAUAUUAAGAUUAUUUAGGU